CAAGUAGGCACAUAGGCACAGCCUGCGAGUAGUACAUCCCUGGGUACACAGCUGUCUGCCUGCUGCAGAAUGGUGCAAGCAACUCCCUUCCUCCUGGUGCUCAGCCUGGCCCUGGUGGCUCCCAGCCUCUCUGCAAGAAAGUGUUCCCUGACUGGGCGCUGGGUCAAUGAUCUGGGCUCCAACAUGACCAUCUCAAACCUGAAUGGAAAAGGCGAGUUCACCGGGUCCUACCACACAGCUGUGUCUGCCACCUCCAAUGAGAUCCAGGUGUCACCACUGCAAGGGUCCCAGCACCACACAAACCAGAACAGACAGCCCACCUUCGGCUUCACUGUCAACUGGAGCUUUUCAGAUUCUUCCACCGUCUUCACGGGCCAGUGCUUUAUUGAUGAGGAUGGGAAGGAGAUUUUGAAGACAAUGUGGCUCCUGAGGUCCAGUGUGGACAGCAUAAAGGAUGACUGGAAAGCCACCAGGGUCGGCAUCAACAUCUUCACCCGCUUGCGCCUGCACAAGGAGUGAGGGGCAGCACGGGGGCUCCCGGGCCGGCCCGCGACCCCUGCUCCCUCCCCCUCCAGUGUUGCCAUUAAAGCUUUGAUGCAAACACCAA